AUGGAAGGGGUGGCCAUGCUGAAGCAGCUAAUUGGUCAGCUUCAGCACCUCUUGGACUCUUCCCAUUCCCACUCUCUCAUUCUUCAACCUUCUCAUCACACUCUCCUCUUCCAACAACAACACCCCAGAUGGACCUCUCUUGACGUUGAAGAUAGCUCUGUGGAUGACUUUUGUGGCCUUGUAAUGACAGCGGGAAAGUCUGGCAGUUUUAGGAUGUCAGAGCCUGUAAAGCCUCCACCUACUAAGAAGUCUCGUAGAGAUAGAAGCAGGGGUAAAUCAUCUGGACGAUCCUGUACAACUGAAGUUAUGGAACAAGAGAUUUGGAAAGAUUUUCCUGAAGAUUUAUUUGAAGCUGUGAUUGCACGACUUCCCAUUGCUACAUUUUUCCGCUUCCGCUCUGUCUGCCGGCAGUGGAAUUCCAUGCUGACUUCUCAAAGUUUUUCUCAGCAUUGUACUCAAGUUACACAAGCAAAUCCAUGGUUUUACACCAUUACCCAUGAAAAUGUGAAUUCGGGAGCCAUGUACGACCCUUCUUUGAAAAAAUGGCACCACCCAACUAUAUCAACACUGCCCACAAAAUUGAUUGUUUUACCCAUGGCUUCUGCUGGUGGUUUAGUUUGCUUUCUUGACAUUGGUCAUCGAAACUUCUUUGUUUGUAACCCACUGACUCAAUCCUUCAAGGAAUUGCCUGCUCGAUCAGUUAAGGUCUGGUCGCGUGUUGCUGUAGGGAUGACAAUAAAUGGAAGCUCAGCUGGUUCAGGCUACAAGAUCUUAUGGGUGGGUUGUGAUGGAGAAUACGAAGUUUAUGACUCAGUCAGGAAUUCUUGGAUUCGUCCAGGAAACAUGCCUGCAGGUAUGAAGCUGCCGCUGUCGCUCAACUUUAGGUCUCAAGCUGUCUCUAUUGACAGCAUGCUUUACUUCAUGCGCUCAGACCCAGAAGGGAUUGUUUCUUACGAUAUGGCAACUGGGGUUUGGAAACAAUAUAUAAUCCCAGCGCCAUUGCAUCUGACUGACCACACUCUGGCUGAGUGUGAUGGCCAGAUCAUGCUCGUGGGUUUGCUCACGAAGAAUGCAGCUACUUGUGUAUGCAUAUGGGAGCUGCAGAAAAUGACACUCUUGUGGAAGGAGGUUGACAGAAUGCCAAACAUAUGGUGCUUGGACUUUUAUGGGAAGCACGUUAGAAUGACUUGCCUGGGGAACAAAGGCUUGCUCAUGUUGUCCUUGAGAUCAAAACAAAUGAACCGAUUGGUUACUUACAACAUAGCAAGGAAAGAAUGGCUGAAGGUUCCUGGGUGUGUGGUGCCGCGUGGGAGAAAACGACAGUGGAUAGCAUGUGGUACUGCAUUUCAUCCGUGCCUGACGGCUGUGGCAUGA